AUGGGCCGUCACAGAACUCACGUAACGGAAACUGUUCAGGGGCCUCCGAGCUCACGCUCAGUCCUCGUAGUUGGAGCCCAGAGUGUUCUGGAAACAACGGCAGCACGCAUCCGCAACGAGGUUGCUAGUCUCGAUGGCGAGUUGCUCGAGGAGAAGCUCCUGCUCUUGCAGCAGCUUGACCACCUAGAAGCCACCUUGUCAUUGCUCGAGAGGAUACUACCUCCAGGGUCUGAUAGAGAUGUGAAGGUGCUGUCCCCUGAGGAAUUAUGCGAGGCCUGCCGGCACGUGAAUAUGGCCGUCCACACGAUGCUGGCCCUCGCACCUAAGUUUCGAGAGGCGACAAGUCAUCGCCUGGUCAAGCAACUUGGCUCUGGUACUACUAGCAUAUUUGAUUGCUUCUCUCGCCGUCGCCCUCCUGUGGAACUCUCUCCAGAGAAACGCAAGAGCCGCAUACGAGUGCAGCUUGACAAACUAGAGAAGCAGCAUGAGGACUGUUUGUUGGAUUUGCUGCUUUCUUUUGAGCACCUAGCAACAGCGGAGGUGAUACCUCCGCCUGAUGCACCACCCCGUUGUGCUGAAGGCAGCCGGUACGUGCUGUCGGGGCAAGCAAAACUCCACCAGUCGCAUGCUAUGGUUUGCCAGCUUCUCAUAGAAGAAGACGACAUGUUGCUUCCUAUUCUUGAAUGGCAGCUGGGCGCAGCUGCUUCAGACUUUGCGGUAGCUAGGGCAGUGCUUGAUCGCCUUCCGAGACCACAAGUACGGCGUUUACGGACCAAAAUUGAAAGUCAUACACCACCACCAGCAUCGGUGAACGUCCGGUGCGAGAGCACAGCAAAAAUUGUCUCGUGUCCCGUUGCAAGAGAAGCAAGUGUGAGAUUUGAGGAAACGCUUUUGAAUUCCUCUUCGAGAGAGCCAACCAGCUCUGCGACUCAUUCGCCUCCUACGGCACCAAAACGACGAUGUGACCAGGGUCGAGGAGGCGGGUGCAUGCCACGGGAGCCGUCUACUCCCAACUUUCCCGCUCGCAAAUCUUACGAGUCUACUACUAUGUACAGUGAUUGCUCUCACGCCUGUGGGAACAUUCGAGCGAACUCACCCAGUUGCAGUUCUCUUCCUAAUCUGGGUGCGCUGGGUCCGUGCGACCUCUGCAACUCAGGCGCCCCCUUUACGCAGCUGCAAACUCCAGUCAGCGAUCGGUAUUCGUGCAUGGCAUCAGAUGGCACAGAGCAUUAUGGUGGCCGCCUUAGCCCGUAUGGUUCUAGAGUGGCGGACUACGCAUCCUUUGGGUCGAUGGUUGGCAGUGAUUGCCGCCGUAGGUAA